GGCGGGGCCGUGCGGCCGGAGCGCCGCGCCGGGCGGGCGCGUCCCCGGGCGGAGAUGGCGCGGUACCCCUGAGGAAUCGCCGGGAAAGUUUCCCAAGUUGCCCGUGGGGCGCGGACGCGGGCCGUUCCCUCCGGCGAGGAAUGCAACAGACAGCCCGGGAUGAAGGCGGGCACCCGUGGCCAGAGCCGCUCGGCGGCGUCAGCCUCCCCUUCCGCUGCCCGCGAUGCGGCGACCACACCAGGUUCCGGAGCCUGUCCUCGCUGCGGGUGCACCUGGAGUACAGCCACAGCUUCCAGGAGAGCAGCCUCCUGGCCAGGAGCAGCCUGUUCUCCCCGCUGAAGGACGCGGAGCCGGUGUCUCCGCCGGAGCCCGCAGCGCAGGGCAGCCCGGGCAGCCCCGGCGGCGUUGCCGCGCAGCCCGCGGGGCCCUACCUGAACUUGGGCGGCGCGUCCUGCGGGAGCGGCAAGGGCGAGCAGCCGCGGGAGCUGGCGGCCGAGCGGCCCGGCUCCUUCCUGGCCAACUAUGUGUCGGCCGAGUCUCCCAGCGAGCUUUCCAAACCCGGCCUCUCGGCCGCUGAUUCCAAAGCCUCCUUCGAGGCACACGUCAGAGAAAAGUUUAACAGGAUGGUAGAGGCCGUGGACAAAACGAUCGAGAAGCGGAUCGACAAGCUUACCAAAGAGCUGUCCCAGAAGACGGCGGAGCUGCUGGAGGUGCGGGCAGCGUUCGUGCAGCUGUCCCAGAAGAAGCAGGAGGUGCAGCGGCGAGAGCGGGCCCUGAGCAGGCAGGUGGAUGUGGCGGUGGAGAUGAUCGCAGCCUUGAAGCAGCGGCUCAACGAGUCCGAGGAGGAGCUUCACCGCAAAGAGGAAGAAGUUGUUACUUUCAACCACUUCCUGGAAGAAGCAGCAGAAAAAGAAGUGCGGGGGAAAGCCAGGCUGCAGCACUUCAUCGAGAACCUGUUGCAGCGCGUGGAUCUGGCAGAGAGGCAGCUGGAAUAUUACCAAAGCCAGCAGAUGGUGUGCAACCACACUGACAUCAGCGGGCACGUGUUUACAGACAUUUCAUUAAAUAAGAAACCCAGAUGCCUGAGCCGAGGAAGUCAACACACUUCAUACAACAUCCCUGAUGCAAAGCCUCAUUCCUUUCAAAAAGGAAGGAUCUUGUUGAAAAAAGCAAAGGAUGAAAACGCCAGUUUGCAGCCAGUGAAAUGCUUCUAUGAACCUGUUGAUUGCCCAAGAGAAAUAUGGAGAGCACAAAAGAAGGGUGAGCCAGUCUGCUCUGCCAGGAAAGUGAGUGCAAAAUCAAAGAUGGGUAAGAAGGCCAAGCCACUAUAGGAACGGUGAGCAGUGUACAGCAGCACAGGAACUUGGCUUCAACACAGCAAAUAUUGAAUGAAGUUAAUCAUCCUACUUUUUUCCUAUCCAUCUGGCCAUGCCAAAACAUAUCAGAUAUAAUAUAUAGAAAUAUAUACAUAUGGAAGUUUUAUAUUAUUUAGUUAUGCCAUUCCCUCUUUGGGCGCUAUAAAAGAAGUGACAUUUUAUUCAGUUUACAUGGAGGUUUUUCUGUUUAUUAAUGUAUUUAUUUAUUUAUUUAGUCAUUUAUAGAGCUUAUUUUAAAUAACCGUAGUUAUCUUGCUGAGCAGUACUGUGGCUGUAUGUUUAAUUAUUUUAGUGGCAGCAUGGUCUAACCAACUGGUAAAUUAUUUUCCAUCUGUGUUAUUCCUGAAGCUCAGAGGAAUCCAUUUAAUCGGCACCAAAAUAUUCAAUCUUCCAGCUUAGGUAGGUGUGAGAUCAGUGACUAACAGAUACUCAGAUGCAAAAGACCUACUCAAAGUCCCUUGAAGCCAUUUGCAGCACUAGAUUGCUACCCUGGGUUUUGGCUAUAAGCACAUUUCCAUCUUUUAUUAAAUACAUCAAACUACUUGAUCCUGCCAGCAGCCAUGUUGUCUCUUUGGUCCAAGUUUGGGCUCCUCUGAAGUGUCCCUCAGCAAGGAGAGCAGGAGCUGCCCUGACACUCACAGGCCAAACUAGGCCAGAGGAGGAGUUCCAGUGCCAAUGCCAGCAGCAGG